AUCAAAACAAACACCCCAGUAAUCUCAAUGCUGGGCAUGAUUCCAGAGUGUUCAGUAUCAUGUGUCAUGGAGGACCUCUUCACCUCUGGCGGCUGCCCGAUGACAACUGCUAAGGAUCUUGCCGCAUGUGCUUGCACAAACAUCACAAUGCAGGCAACACUCUCCACGUGUGUACAAGAAUCCUGCGGCUUCCUCGACCAAAAUCAGGUGGUUGCCUUUGCUAGCGGCCUUUGCGAGGCGUAUCCAAAAGAUUCUCGUGUCAAUGAAUUGAAGACAGCUUCCAUCGUUACUAUUGUACUGACAACGAUCUUUCUCUUCCUACGCCUCUACUCGAGAUGGUUGAAGACACGACGACUCUGGUCUGAUGAUGCUUAUGCUAUCAUCGCCGCGGUUCUUCUCAUUAUAGUGUCGAUAAUCAUACUGGAGAUGUCUCUCAAGGGCUUCGGCCUUCACUACUGGAACGUACCGACUCCAAGCGCCGUUGAACUCCAGAAGCUCUUCUAUGUUUGUCAGAUGCUCUAUGUAGCAGUGCAGAUCUUUUCAAAAGUUGCAAUUCUUGCACUGUACUCUCGCUUGUUCCCGGACUUUAUCGAAUGGUUCAGGUGGAGCGUGCGCGGUAUGAUUGCCUUUAUGCUCAUCCACGGUCUGGUGUUCUUCCUUCUUGUCGUCUUUCAGUGUUGGCCCAUCAGAUCUAUCUGGGACAAGACGAUCACAGACGCAAAGUGUCUUCCUAUUUCUGCUGUCAUUGGGUUCACCGGUGCAGGUCUUAGCAUCAUGGAGGACAUCAUCAUCUUGCUUCUUCCCUUGCCUGUAGUAUGGAAACUGCAGAUGAGCACAAGGAAGAAGAUUAGCGUCAUCUUCCUGAUCUGUGUGGGAUCUUUUGCUUCAAUCACCAGCAUUGUUCGCCUCAAGUUUGUCGUAAAAUACUCGAAUUCAUUCGACUCAACUUGGGAUAACGCCGAUGUCAUCAAGUGGUCUCUCAUCGAGAUCUUGUCUGCCUGCAUCUGCGGUAACCUACUGCCACUUCGCCCACUCAUUGAGCAGAUCAUGCCACCUUUCCGCUCGAUCUACAGCUGGUACUCCGAUAGCAGAUCUUCCCGCAAGUCCUCUGAAAAAACUUCAUUGGGUUUCCGCAGGUUUGGCCGUUCCGGCGGUUCU